UGAUGUCAUCGCAGCGCGACAGGAAGCGCCUCGGUUGCCGUGCGGCCAGCGGUGCGGAGCUCCUGCGUGUGACAGCACCGCGAUCUCCCCUCCCUUCUCGUGGCGAUGGAUAAUGCCUGCGAGUCGCCCCCGGAAAAAGGUGGAGAGACAGGGGCAUCCGACGAGACGGCUGCUGCUCCCGGGAGCUCUGGGGCUACGGACACGGACGGAAUCCCGGAGGAAACUGACGGCGACGCAGAUGGAGACUUGAAAGAAGCUGCGGCUGAGGAAGGCGAGCUCAAGAGUCAGGACUUCUCAGAUUUAACAGCAGUUGAAAGAGAAGAUUCAUCAUUACUCAACCCCGCAGCCAAAAAACUGAAAAUAGACACCAAAGAAAAGAAAGAGAAGAAGCAGAAAGUGGACGAAGAUGAGAUUCAGAAGAUGCAAAUCCUGGUUUCUUCUUUUUCUGAGGAGCAGCUGAACCGUUACGAAAUGUAUCGCCGGUCAGCUUUCCCCAAGGCAGCCAUUAAAAGGCUGAUCCAGUCCAUCACUGGCACCUCCGUGUCUCAGAAUGUCGUUAUUGCAAUGUCUGGUAUUUCCAAGGUUUUCGUCGGGGAAGUGGUGGAAGAAGCACUGGAUGUGUGUGAGAAGUGGGGAGAAAUGCCACCGCUACAACCCAAACAUAUGAGGGAGGCUGUUCGGAGGUUAAAGUCGAAGGGGCAGAUACCCAACUCGAAGCACAAAAAAAUCAUCUUCUUCUAAGACCAAAGCCUAGAAAGGCCUCGUACUGGAGGACAUACUGGUUCCAGACUCAGACUGCAGACUGUGUGCACCUGCCCAUGGUUUCAAUGUCUUUCUCAAAACUGAUGUUCAUCACACCUAGAAGGCAUGCAGCCUGUUUCAUGCUUGCCUUGACUAAGUAUUGAGACCUUAAGGCAUUUUGAAGCAUUUCACUGUCUUUUGGUUAGCUGGAAGAAAAAAGGCACACGGGCCUUAAGCAUCUUCUGAACAGGGGAGCUGCUUGCACAGAGAAAACCUUUCCAAGACAAUUUCAAUGGUUUCACAUAGAAGCCUGAAGUUGCCAUGUCGUAGGUUUUUUCUUACAUGUGGUUUUAAGUAGAUGAAACAACCAGAAACUUUUGACUUGUGAUACCCUAACGUGAAUGACAUGGAAAUAGAGGAAUGAUGGGAGUUUGUCCCUGUAAACAUUUAAGAUUCUUCUGUGGAUUUUGGUGACCAUUAAAUUGUUUUCCAACUUGUCA